AUGGUACGCGUGCAAUUAUACAGCGAUCAUUUGCGAAAGAAGAUUCCUAUUUGGACACCGUUAAUGCGGCGGGACGAACUAACUGUGGAUCGUAUCAUGGCGCGCGUGGAACGGGUGAUGCAAAGUUCAACAAGCUUUCGCUUGGAUGAAAGCUUCAGGAUUGAAGUCCAGUACACAGAAACGCCGGAUGGUGGAGGUAAUGACAAUCUAGUGAUUCCUGAAAGCGUUAAAAGGCUACUGAAAAACAAGAUGUCUAUCGUGCGCAUAAAGAACGACGAUAAUUUAUGUUUACCACGGUCCCUAGUAACGGCUAAAGCCUUAGCAGAUGACGAUCUGCAGCUGUAUUCAACGCUACGUGACACCAGGGCACAUAAGCACCCAGAAAAGCAGCAUAAGGAUCAGCAGACAUUAUUGGCGAAACAGCUGGUAAUAGCUGCAGGCCUGACGGAGCGGCGCUACAGCCUGGACGACGUAGAGACUUUUCAAAAGUUACUAAGCGAUUAUCAAAUCAUAAUUGUUGGACUGGAACAGCUUAACAGCAUUAUCUUUGCUGGCGAAUUCAGGGAAAAACGCUUAAUGCUAUUGUAUUAUGCCAACCAUUUUGACGUUUUAACAUCUCUUCAAGGGUGGUACGAAAAAAGCAAAUGGUGUUUUCAUUGUAAUCAGGGGUACUCUCACGAAGGUGAUCAUCGCUGUAAAUAUACCUGCAAGCUUUGCUUGCGCGAAAGGUGUGAGCUCGAAGCAAACUUUGCGCGAUACUGUGCGGGAUGCAAUCGAACGGGCUUUAGAAACAACGAGUGUUUUAACCACCACCUUGCAAAGACAGCGAAAAGCACAAACCAUAACAAAAAGAAAAGCAUUUGCGAAAAAUUCAAGGUCUGCAUAGAUUGCUCAGCAUUCAUAAAGACGAACGUGAAACGAGGAUACGGGACAGACCAUGUAUGCGGCGAAAUUUAUUGUUCGGUUUGCCUGUGUUAUGUAUUACCGGAGCACCAUGACUGCUAUAUUAAACCCGAGAAACUUGACGACAAAGUAUUAGCCAAGCACAAAUCUGCUAGUUUCAUGUACUUUGAUUUCGAGACGUACCCCGACGGUAAUGGAAAGCACAUCCCAAAUUUUUGUGUAAUACAAGUGCAAGAAGAUGGAAAGCCCAUUGAAACCCGCCAAUUUCCCGAGGACAUCAGCAACAUUGGCAAAGACAUUGCAGGCGAUGUCUGUGAAUUUAUUUUCCAAGAAAAGCAUGCUGGAUUCUUUUGUUUGGCACAUAACUUUAGAGGGUUCGAUGGCUAUUUUAUUUUAAAAUGGCUGCUUCAGAAAGGUCAAGCGCCUGACGUUAUCAUGAAAGGUUCCCAAAUCACGCACCUGCGCGAUCGGGAGUUUGGCAUUAACUUUCGGGAUACGCUCAAUUAUGUUCCUUUGUCAUUGGACAACUGGGCGAAAUCAUUCGCCGUUGAGGAAACUAAAGGUAAAUUUCCACAUGUCCUGAACCGACCACAAUUUUGGAACACAGUUAUUGACUAUCCGGACAUUGAAAAGUUCAACUACCGAUUUAUGAGCGAUAAAGAAAAACAUGCAUUUAUGGAAUUCUAUAAUGAAGACAAAGCUUUAAAAGAGGAUUGUAUGACGUCAACAAGGAACUGGCUGCCUAUUGCCACCAAGACGUGA